CGAUGGCGGAGGGUGAUCCAGACAAUAGACGAGGCUCUCAUAGGGGAAGAGGAUCUGGACGGGGAGCACGUUCUAGACGAAGUGAAGACAUUGAAGGCCAUCGGCGAAGUGAAAAUCUUGAAGGCAGUGGAGGAGGUCAGAGCCGUAGAAGCCCUGGAGGCAGUGGAGGCGCUUGGAGCGGUGGAAGUCCUGGAGGCAGUCGAGGCGCUUGGGGCGGUGGAAGUCCUGGAGGCAGUGGAGGCGCUCGGGGUGGUGCAAGUCCUGGAGGCAGUGGAGGCGCUUGGGGCGGUGCAAGUCCUGGAGGCAGUGGAGGCGCUUGGGGCGGUGGAAGUCCUGGAGGAAGUGGAGGCGCUUGGGGCGGUGGAAGUCCUGGAGGAAGUGGAGGCGCUUGGGGCGGUGGAAGUCCUGGAGGCAGUGGAGGCGCUUGGGGCGGUGGAAGUCCUGGAGGCAGUGGAGGCGCUUGGGGCGGUGGAAGUCCUGGAGGCAGUGGAGGCGCUUGGGGCGGUGGAAGUCCUGGAGGCAGUGGAGGCGCUUGGGGCGGUGUAAGUCCUGGAGGCACUGGAGGCGCUAGCAGCGGUGGAAGUCUUCUAGGCAGUGGAGGCGCUAGCAGCGGUGGGAGUCCUCUAGGCAGUAAAGGCGCUUGCAGCGGUUCGAGUCCUCUAGGCAGUAAAGGCGCUAGCAGUGGUGGGAGCCCUCUAGGCAGUAUAGGCGCCUGGAGUGGUGGAAAUCCCUUCACUAAAGGCACUGCGAGUGGUGGAAGUCCCGGAGGCAGUGGAGGUGCUUGGAGCGGUGGAAGUCCCGGAGGCAGUGGAGGUGCUUGGAGCGGUGAUAGUCCCGGAGGCAGUGGAAGAAAUGUUGCACAAGAGCGAGGUUCUGGCACUUCCAAACCACCCCAAAAGCAAGGCGCUCAGUACAUGCUGGAGCAAAGUCCACUACAGUCUUCGAGUUCAUCUGGAAAUAUAUCGCUUCGCACAAACUACUUCCGGAUCCAACGGCUAAGUGGUGUUGUGUACCACUAUGAUGUGGAAAUCAAAACUGUUAACAAGACCGAUACUUCCAGAGACACCAAGCCAAGAGGCUUCAGCACACGGGUCAAGCGUCGUGUCGUAGAGGCUCUUCAACAGUCCAAAGCGUUCAAGAAAUAUGUGCUGGCGUUUGACGGCACAAAAAACCUCUACACGAGUAAGCCAUUGCCAUCAAAGGAAGUUGAACAUUGCGUAGCCAUCGACGAAAAAAGCAACCAGGACUUCUUCAUUACGCUGAAACUCGCUUACACCCUAGACAUGGAAGAGCUGAAAAGUCCCUUCGACCCCGAUGUACACCAGAAACAUAUACAGGCACUCGAUAUUCUUAUAAGGCACGCAGCAAGCCAGACGCACGAAGCUGUGGGACGAUACUUUUUUAAAUUACCACAUAAUCCUCCUGAUAAAUUAGCCGAAGUGUAUCACGGGUUCUACACAACCUUUCGGCCCUGUAAAAGCGAGCCGAUGCUAAACAUCGACUUUGCUGCAAUGUCUUUCUGUCAUUCAAUGACGCUACUCAAGUUCGCAGAAAAAGUGAAGAAAGAACGAGGUGCUAGCAGUUUGCCGGAGCUGUUGUCAAAGGAGCUGAAAGGUUUGCAAAUAUAUACUACAUACUUGGGCUACAAACGGUUUUACCGAGUGGAACGUGUGAGUGAAAAGAGUGCUAAAGAUCAGGAUAUCACGGUCGAAGAAAAAAAAAUGAAUGUCGCCCAAUACUUCAAGAACAAGGGCCUUAAGAUAAAAUCACACUUACGAUGCAUAAAAUGCGAGGGUCAAGAUCAAUACUUACCACAGGACUUAUGCCACAUACCAGCACAACCGUACAGACAUGAGGCCUUUAAAGAAGUGAUCCAAGAAGCGUUUCGCGAUUCAAACCCCAUGGAGCGGUUCACGUUCAUCCAGGACACAGCGGACGAACUUUUCAAGACUAGUCGAGAUACUCUGAACGAAUUCAGAAUUGAACUUAUCGGGGAGAUGGUAAAGCUCAAUGGCCGCAUUAUCUCACCGCCAUCAGUUAAGUUUAUGCGUGGUCAGCUGAUGCCAGACGAAGGCUCAUGGAAGAUGCUUUUCAGCCAUCGUUUCUUCAGUUCACGGAACGGUCCAACACGUUUUUCAGUACUGGCAGUCGACUGUAAAAUAAACGAAAAUAUAGGUAUAGAGCUGACAGACAUCGGCGAAGGUCUUGGAAUUAAGCUCGAAUACUCAGAAUUCAAAGAUAUAACCACCACGGAUGACCCUUUAAAAUGUCUUUGUAAUGGUUUUAAAGAUUUGCAAGCAGCAGAGCUUGUCCUUGUUGUCCUGGGAAAUCCUAAUCUCUAUGCGACCGUCAAAGCGGCUGCCGAUGUCAGUGUCGGAGUCCUGACACAGUGCCUACAAGUGCAAAGACUCUCGGACAAUAAUUACCCACUGUGGCGCAGCAUCUGCCUAAAGAUCAAUGCCAAGCUUGGCGGCUGCAACAACGUGCUUUGCAAGACUGACAGUGAGGAGACCAUUACACAUGCUAUGGUCAUUGGUAUUGAUGUAAAUCAUCCUGCUCCAGGGGACACUCACACGCCGUCCCUUUCUGCAUGUGUCGCUAGUAUGGACCAACACGCAUUCCAAUAUCGCGCACGGGUUGGAGUUCAGAUGGACAACGAUAAUCAACCGGUGGGUCGCAAGGAAGUCGUGAUGGAUUUAAAGGCCAUGGUAUUGAACCACUUGCAAUCCUACCAAGAAAACCGGAAGGCACUACCAGAGAAGAUAAUCGUCUACAGGGAUGGUGUCGGCGAAGGCCAGUUCAAGGACUUGAAGGCCAAGGAAGUAAAUGACAUCCGAUCAGCCUGUCAAGCAAUGGGUCGGAAGUUCAAUCCUCCCCUCACCUACAUUGUCGUGCAAAAGCGCCACCACACUCGUUUUCAGCCUUUACGUGGAGACAAACCACAGAAGUUCAACGUUCCUCCCGGCACGACCGUCCAAGAAACGAUAACCCACCCGGAACACGACAACUUCUUUCUCUGCAGCCAAAAAGGCGUGCUGGGAACGAGCAGGCCGGCGCAUUACCACAUUCUCUGCAACGACUCCAAAUACGAUCUGUACAAGUUGCAGAAGCUCACAUACGACCUGUGCCAUCUGGUCGCGCGCUGCACCCGCAGUGUAAGCACUCCGGCACCGGUCUACUAUGCCCACCUGGCUGCCUUCCGGGCGAAGAAGCACAUAGAGGGCCGCGGUCUUCGUGGCCAGUUGACGAAAACGCAUUAUACUGAGGCAGUGACGUUGCAGCCGUCUAUCGCGGAAACGAUGUACUUUGUGUGACUGCCUCAUGGAUGAUAGACGCUUAAACCUUCACCUGACGCAACGUGACAUUUUCAGCGCGAAGAAAUUUUACUGACCGCACAAAAUUUUCUGUAAAUAAACUGUUUUUAACUCCCGUGA